AUGGCUUUGAUUGUACUCCUAGCGGCAAUGCCGCAUCUCAUUCGGUCUAAUAGAUCGUACAGAGAAAUUGCAGCUCGACGGAAAGACAAUUGUCCAGAAACAAAUCCUUUCCAUGAGGCUCAAGCUGAAUCGCAAAACUUGUCUUUAGCUCCACACACAACAGCCAACGCAUGUGAAGAGUCACUACAAGCAUUAGACUCGAGCGCCAAAGUUUCGCAGCCUAUCGAUGGGCUGAAAAAAGAUCCGGCGCAGCCUCUAGUCUUGCGCCGCUUCUUUCGAUGGAUAAAAGCUUUGCCGAGUCACCCGAAGAAGGAGAAGCCGGACUUAGGACCCGGUCUCGAUCACGCCCUGCCACUCAACCUGCACCUGGCCAUCGCCAAACACCUCACUAUGGCCGAACGCGUGGCCUUGGCAUUGACGAGCAAAAGAAUGCUGGCAAUCAUGUCAAACGAGCAGUUUUGGCUAAAUCGGGGGUCUAGUGAACGUCUGGAUCUAUUGAAGCUACUAGAGAGGGACGCCAUCAACACACGCAGGGAGAUUCUUUGUUUGCCCUGUCAGAUUUUCCAUGAUCCCGUCUUAUCGGUUCCGCCAGUCGACCACAGCUCAAGUUGGGCGCCGACCGAAUCAGAUCGCCCCUGCGUCAAAGCAGUCUCAGAGGACCAGCACCAGAGAUUGUCGUCUCCCUACCUUCCAUACGAUUUUCAUUUCAAUAUGGUCAAGGCCUUCCUAUUUUCAAAACGCGAUAAAAGGGGCUUCUUUCAAUCAAUACUCCUAGAACAGGCUACUAUUUGGGGUUACUGCUAUAAAAGAGAGGAAGCCAACGUCCAACAAGGCUUUGAAUGUAGGGUGUCAAGCGAAGGGGAUUUGCUAGUGAAGACGACUACGAGACUCUUUGCUUGCCGCGACCCAAACCAGACGAAGGAUAAAGUUCGAUUCGCCGUUGGAAUUCUCAAACGAGCCGAGCUUACAACAUACUGCAAACACGUUGACUGGAUAGACACAUACCCCUUCAUAUUCGACUACGAUGGACUCCUUGCCGAUCAGAGCAAACUUCACGCAUACCGCGCUUCGAAAGGGUACGGAUACGAUCCGGCGAAGAAAAUUCGCGACAUUUGGAACCCAGCCGUCAAGCCGCGAUAUGGACCCAAAAACCACAUAUCGAUCACACACUGCGAGUCUUGUUAUACGAAUUACGAGUACGAAUGGAAGGACACCGAGGACGGAAGUCGCAUCGUUUUUCUCAUCUCGUACAAAAGUCUAGGCAAGGGCAUGGAUACGAAUGAUCCCAAGUGGUCAUCCCAUUUCCACGACCAUGUCCCUGAUGCAAAAGCCGAGCCUCGCAACUCCCACUACGACGGAUUCACUCGGUGGCCUAACUAUCAUUGGCAGGAGAAAGCUGAUGAGGCAUUCAAGCUGCUCACCACAUGUCAAUCCAUUAAGCGAUUGCUUGUCAACAUACCGCUCUACUAA